CUUCACAAAAAAACAAUCUAGAAAUUAAAUGAGAUAUCAUCAUGGUCACAAUACGUGUACAAAAUGGCCACCUUUUGCCUCCCAUAACAUAUCUUUUAUUCCCUUAAGUGUCACAUUCAUUUAGCUCUCAACCAACAUUCACAAUGAAUAAUCCGGCAGCCGAAGAUGAACUGAGCCAUGGACUAUUACAUGCGCCACCGGUUAGCGAAAGCCCGAAACCAAGAUUUUGGCUAGAAUCACAGAAGCUAUGGUACAUAGUUGGUCCUUCCAUCUUCAGCCGUGUCGCCACCUUUACGAUGAACGUGGUCACCCAAGCGUUCGCUGGCCACCUAGGCGACGUUGAACUCGCCGCUAUCACCAUCUCCACUGGCGUCAUCGUUGGCUUCAAUUUCGGCCUACUUCUCGGAAUGGCUAGUGCACUCGAGACGUUGUGUGGACAAGCGUUUGGCGCGAAAAGGUACGGCAUGCUGGGAAUAUACAUGCAACGGUCGUGGAUCGUUCUAUUGAUAUGUUGUAUAGUGACAUUGCCAUUCUACAUAUAUGCCACACCGAUCCUAAAGUUCUUAGGUCAAUCUGAUGAGAUUGCUGAGUUAUCCGGACUAGCCGCUAUUUGGCUAAUACCACAACACUUUUCGUUUGCGUUCUUGUUCCCAGUGCAACGAUUUUUACAAAGCCAAAUCAAGACUCCCGUGUUGGCGUGGGUUUCGUUGGUGAUUCUCGCCAUACAUAUCUUGCUUACUUGGCUUUUUAUGAAUGUGUUUCAUUUCGGGAUUGUUGGGACGGUGGUUGCUUUGGAUAUUUCAUGGUGGUUGAAUUUCGUUUGUUUGUUUUCGUAUACCGCUCUUGGAGGGUGUCCUUUGACUUGGAAUGGUUUUUCUAUGCAAGCGUUUUCGGGGUUGUGGGAGUUCGUGAAACUUUCGGCUGCUUCGGGUGUCAUGCUUUGUUUGGAGAAUUGGUACUAUCGAGUAUUGAUACUAAUGACUGCAUUUCUAAAGAAUGCCACCAUUGCUGUGGAUGCGAUAUCGAUUUGUAUGAACAUCAAUGGUUGGGAAAUGAUGAUUCCUCUUGCCUUUUUCGCGGGCAUCGGAGUAAGAGUGUCGAAUGAGCUUGGUGCUGGUAAUGGGAAUGGGGCGAAAUAUGCAACAUUUGUGGCUAUAUUGCAUUCAACUGUCAUCGGGCUAGUAUUUUGUGUAUUAAUAGUUGUAUUUCAUAACAAGUUCGCUCUAAUAUUCUCAUCGAGCACGGUUGUUCUUGAUGCGGUUGAUAACAUGGCAUGGCUCUUAGCUGCCACUAUCCUUCUUAACAGCAUUCAACCGGUCAUCUCUGGAGUAGCAGUAGGUUCGGGAUGGCAAUCAUGGGUUGCGUAUAUUAAUUUGGGCUCGUACUACUUGGUUGGACUACCUGUUGGAAUCGUAUUGGGCUUGAUUUUGCACCUCGGUGUUGAGGGAAUAUGGGGAGGAAUGAUUUUUGGUGGAACUGCGUUACAAACGAUCAUAUUAGGGAUAAUGACCAUUCGUUGUGAUUGGGAAAAUGAGGCUCAAAAGGCAGUCGCAAAAUAUUCAAAUCUAAAAUAAUUUGUGAUGCGGGAUAUAAAGAUGUAACAACAUUUACUAUUCUUUUUUUAAUAACAUAAUCAAAAUAAUCAUCUAACCCUGCCCAAAUGACCUUUUGUGCAAAUGUAGGAUUUGAUUUGUACCAAGUUUAACAAUUUCGAAAAUCUUUUAAUUGACAUAAAAUUAUAGUUUUUUU